GCAGAAUCCGCUCUCUGUGUGUGUGUGUGUGUGUGUGUGUGCAGGAUGUAAAUAAAGAGUACAGGUCACUGAUUUAUUACAAUAUUAAGGUGUUAAAGAGGAUAAAAAGCUCUCCGUCGUUUACGUAAGCAGGCAAGAUGGAGGAGGAGUGUGUGGGAGGAAGAGGAGGAGGAGAUGAUGAAGCUCCUGUCCUGCAGCGCCCCCUGUCCUGUGAUCCUCCUCCUCCUCCACCGUCCUGCACGGCGUCAGUCGGGACCGACCUGUCCAUGGCCGACAUCUCGCUCCUCUACGCCGAAGUGUGUCAGCUCAGGAAAACGCAGGCUGCUCCAGCAUUGUGCACUGUGUGUAAAGCUGACCUAAACACCUCAGGCUCUAAGCACGACCACGGAGAGGACGUCGAACAGAGUGUGUGUGGUGUCGGUGCAGAAGAAUGGCCCGACGGCGGUCCACAGGAGAGCGAACCCGGCCCUUCUGUUCAUAUAUACAGUGACGUCACCCCGUCAGAGUCACCCUCCUCAGAACAUGCACUACAAACCCCGUUAAAUUGUGCGGAGCAGAACGCGACCCGCGGCCCGGUGAUGAUGUGCUCCGUGACUCUGAUGGACUGCAGGACCAAGGUGGAGAUGAACGGAAAUGCGGCGCAGGAGGAGGACCCGGAUAACCCCGAGGGACCUGAUGAAGGCUGCGAUGACUUCUGUCCUUCGACUCCUUUAGGUGGCAACAGUGAGUCAUGCGACGAAGACAGCAGACAAAAUCAGAAAAAGAAGAAGAGCGGGAUCAAAACCACCUCCCCCUGCACCAUCUGCGGACAGGAGCUGAUGUCCGCCGCGUUCCUGACCAGACACAUGAAGAUGCACGAGAACCGCGUGAAACGGAAGGCGCUGCGUCCUCACGUGUGCGAAGUGUGUGAAAAAGGCUACCCCACGCAGUCGGCCCUCAAAGCCCACGUGAAGUCGCACAGCGGAGACAAACCUUUCCGCUGCGACCUGUGCGGCAACUGCUUCAAGACGAAGGGGAACCUGAAGUGUCACCAGAGCAUCCACACGGGGCAGCGGCCGUUCCAGUGUACCUACUGCGACAUGACCUUCUAUCACAGGACGCACCUGAAGAAGCACGAGCGCGUGCACACCAAUGAGAAGCCGUACAUCUGCUCCGACUGCGACAAGGGCUUCGUGACCAUCAGCGCCCUGAAGCAGCACCAGAGGGUGCACACGGGCGAGAAGCCGUACUCCUGCUCCUACUGCGACAUGACCUUCGGCCAGAAGGUGAACCGCGACCGGCACGAGCGCACGCACACCGGCGAGAAGCCGUUCCUGUGCGACCACUGCGGGAAGGGCUUCUCGGACCCCAGACAUUUCUACACCCACAAACGCAUCCACGUAGGUGAGAAGCGCGAGCGCCCGUUCCAGUGCUCGUUCUGCGGGAACAGCUUCUUCUACCGCAUCAACCUGAAGCAGCACGAGCGCGUCCACACCAAGGAACGGCCGUACCGCUGCACCCAGUGCCCGAAAACCUUCGCCCGGCCCGACGUGCUCAAGACGCACCAGCGCGUCCACACCGGGGAGAAACCGUACCACUGCAGCAUCUGCGAUCAGGGCUUCACAUAUCUGGGCAGCUUCAGGGCGCAUCAGAAGAACCACACCAAGGUGGACAUCAAGCCCACCCUGUAGCGUCGUUUUAAUCCUCGUCAGGUUUUAUUUAUACAUCGUUCUGUACAGGACAUCAGGACAGGGGAAAAUAAAUAAUAAUAAUGAGUGCAGGAACAGGGUUGAGACACGGGUCAGAACAUAUUCAAAUACGUAUAAGAGCAUGUUUAAUGUCAAGUUUUAGGAAGUGUUGAUGAUCAGUGUGAUGAACGAUUUUAAAUAAAUCAAAUAAUUAACCAAGACGAUUAAUUAUUUACUUUAAUCAUUGCAUUAAAAUGUACCUGGUGAUGAAACUCAGAAAUGAUUUUGAACUUGAAUUCUGGUGAUGUUCCACCCAAGCAUUAGGAGCAACGCCAACUUAAAAUAUAAAAAAUCAGAAGAUUUAGACUGAGAUGAUGGUGGAAAUGUGGAAGAAGUGCUCUAGAUGGCGCUCUAGCUCACACCAAGGACAAGGAGACUGAGACAAGGAGGAACUCAACAGCCCCGGUUUGAACCUAUCUGAUCGUUUCAUCACACAAGAUGUGAGGGAGAAAAAAACCCUAGAAAUUAAUUUGUACUGCAGCAGGAAGGGAGCACCAGCACUACAGGGUCACACAGGUGACCACAGGAGAAGCUAAAGCAGGUUCAGAUACUGGCUGCCUGGUGGCCGGUUCCUCUUGAGUACCUUCACCGUCUCCUCAGUGGAGUGAGCCGGAGAUCCAUCGUUCUGGAAGAUUGCUGGAACAUCUCCUUAAAAGCGAGUCCCAACCCGGCAGUUUCAUCUGCUAAUGGUGUCGGUGAUGAGUCGAGAUCUUUAUAGAGGGUUGUCUAGUUUAGAUUACAGAUAUAAAGUUUAACACGGCUAUAAAACUAUUCACUUAUUUUACAUUGUAGUUUAUCAUCACGCUUGUCGUUCAUCGUUUGCUCUCCUCAUCCUUCAUAAACACAACACACACACACACACACACAUUCUCCACAUUCUCCAUAACACUGCGCUCUGAGACUCUCUGGACUUCAGGCUGUGGACUUUCUGGAACCUUUAAUUGGUUUUGAUGAACACUGACAAGUGACACGACUGACUCCGCUUUCAGCUCAGACUCGACCCUCCAUUUUCAUCUCACUCUUUUUUUUGUUUCUUCAAGGGUUUUUGAAAUGAGUGUGUGUGUGUGUGUGGAUUGAGUGUGUGUUGAAUAUUAAUUAUUUUUGUCUGUGAACUUGUGUUUUGUUCAUGUUCCUUGCAUUAAAACUUUUAAAUAAUUGAGUUCCCCAAUAAACUAAUAUCACUGAUGAUCCAGAA